GUUCGGAGACAGGGUUCCGGCUACCUCACGAGGAAGUCAACAUGUCGAGCUCAUACCGGAGCAGAAUUCAAGAGUUCAAUCUAGCCCUGAGUGAGUCCAAAAUUGAUCUGAAGAUACUUCGGGAGCUGUGCUUUGGUGGGAUUCCUUUUGAGGGUGGCUUGCGGUCACUGUGCUGGAAGAUCCUCUUAAAUUACCUCCCUUUGGAACAGGCACUAUGGGAUUCCUUUCUGAAGAAGCAAAGAGAGCUAUAUGCACAGUUUUUGAAGGAGAUGAUCAUCCAGCCUGGCAUUGCAAAAGCUAACCUGGGUUUAUCCAGAGAAGAUGUUACUUUGGAAGAUCAUCCUCUAAAUCCAAACCCAGACAGUCGCUGGAAUACCUAUUUCAAGGAUAAUGAAGUUCUUCUUCAGAUCGAUAAAGAUGUCAGACGGCUUUAUCCAGACAUGGCAUUUUUCCAGAGACCAACUGAGUACCCUUGCCGGCUUAUUCUGGAUCCACAGAAUGAGUAUGAAACACUCCGGAAAAGGGUGGAACAGACUACCUUGAAGGCACAGACUGUUGCAAAGAAUCGCAGUGGAGUCACCAACGUGAGCUCUCCUGCGAAGACUCAGUCCUCAUACCCCUCAAAUGAAUAUGAAGUUCUACCCAAUGGGUGUGAAGCACACUGGGAGGUGGUGGAACGAAUUCUUUUUAUCUAUGCCAAGUUGAAUCCUGGCAUAGCAUACGUGCAAGGGAUGAAUGAAAUUGUGGGACCUAUUUAUUACACGUUUGCAACGGAUCCCAACAACGAAUGGAAAGAGCAUGCUGAGGCAGACACAUUCUUCUGUUUUACUAACCUGAUGUCCGAGAACAGGGAUAAUUUUAUCAAGAGUCUCGAUGAUUCACAGUGUGGCAUCACCUCCAAGAUGGAAAGCGUUUACUCCACUCUGAAAGAAAAGGACAUGGAGCUCUAUCUCAGGCUGCAAGAGCAGAACAUUAAACCUCAAUACUUCACCUUUCGCUGGCUAACCCUGCUGCUCUCGCAGGAGUUCCUGCUUCCUGAUGUUAUUCGGAUAUGGGACUCGCUCUUCUCGGACCAGGACCGCUUCAACUUCCUCCUCCUUGUCUGCUGUGCCAUGCUUGUUCUGAUUCGAGAUGAGAUACUAGUGGGAGAUUUUACUGUCAACAUGAGACUGCUCCAGGAUUACCCCAUUUCUGAUGUCCAUGCCAUCUUAACUAAAGCAAAGGAACUUCAGGAUAGUUCAUAACCAAGGGCCACACUUUUGUGAAAGACACUGCAGAGAAGAAGGAAGAAACCACUCCUCUCCACAGUAAUUACAGCAGUGUUGGGUGCUCUUGGGAAACAACGCCACAUUGCUGUGCUUUGUGGGACAUUGUUGACUGCUCCACUACUUUAUACCCUUCUUUUGCAUUAAGGUUUGAUUUUUUUUUUCCUUGUUCUUGCACUACCACUGAAGAACUUUAAAAUCAAGAACACACAGUGGUAACACACUCCAAAAUUGCUGCUGUUAUUACUUUUUUUUUAUUUUUGUAAAACCGAUCAGGGUGUUUCUAACAUUGUUUGGAGGCCUAGCCUUCUUUUUUUUACCCUUCUUGAUUUCCAAUAACUUUUUAAUCAUGGAGUGAGUGUUUUAAAUCGGCCACUCAGACCUGGGACUUGCUGCCUACAUCUGUGGUCUCCAGGAAGUCUGGCCGGGUGCUUCUUUGCUGAGCAGCUCAGUAUUAACUUUUUCUUUUCUUCUGUGAUUCGACUCCAGAAAUGAAAUGCAACCUUUCUGCUGUCCAUAUUGGGUUUGCCUUUUGCAGGCACUAGCAGCCAAGAAAACGAUUUCUUUCAUGUUUAUUUUGCCUCUCCUGUUCUGACAGAGGUUCAGGCUGAAUUCUAGUUGUUGAAAUGCUACAAAUCCAGUCUUGGUUCUGUUCUCCCCGUUAGUGAGCGGUAGUUUCUUCUACAGAUUAGUAAUUUCCUGGUUUGUAAAAGACAAAAGUUGUUGAGUUGUUCUUGUAAAGGCAAAUGGUUUUCUAUCAAUUAGGACCACCCUGUCGUAGUAUGGCUCAUUGACAUGUAGACAGAACACAUACAUACUGUUUUACGUUUAUCAAUAUAGUUAUAAAAAUAGCAAUGUACGCAGCGCAUUCCUUUUAUAGUGAGCAGGCUCCUAUAACAAAAGAUCACCACUGAAUGCUGCUGGCACUGCUGUCCACAUGAUGGCCUCAGAUCUUUCUUAUCACACUUCCUAGUCAGUCGUUCAGCUUAUAAAAACUAACUCUUUUUAAUAUAUGUUGCCUUUCUUGAUAACUGUGAUGUAUGCGUGCAAAAUGAAAAGUCUGUAUACAGUAUAUAUUUAUAUAAAAUGAGGAGAUGGUCAAGUAGGGGUGGUUUACAUUUGCAGGUUACAGGUUACCUUUCUGUAAGGUCAAAGGAGGGUCUUCCAUUUUGAUUUAAGGUGGGUCAUUGUCACUGCACAGUGUCUGUAACCAAAAUAAUUGCACAGCUCGGUAAAUUCUAUCUCAGAAACAUAAGCUUAAAAAAAAACCAUUAAAGGCAGCUCUGUCCCAAGGUCAAAAGCAGUGGCCCCUGUGUUCCAGUACUUCCUAUCCAAGAACUGGGAAGGAUAUGAAAAUACUAGGAUAAGAGCAGAACCUGUUAAAUGUCGACACUACUACUGUAGACAGGCCUUGCUCCUGGUGGUGCUGCUUUAACGCAAGCCAGCUGCCCGAAAUUCACUACUUUAGGUACCUUCUGCUUCUUAUGAGGUCACCAUAUUGAGUGGGGUGUUCAGGCCACCACUGCUCAGGCGGUCCAGGUCAGUACGGGAGCCUUCAUUUGAUCACUCCUCACUCACAAACAGCAUGACCAUUUACUGUAUGUUGUUUUUGUGGUGGACUGCAGGGGGCUCCAUUCCCUUCCAAGUGCACCUUGACUUUGCUUAGUGGAGUUCAGCUUCUUACAAAGACCACCUUGGAUUUUGUGUCCUGCUGUUUAUUAGUAAUAAUGAUAGAGGCCCACAUUUCUAGUACAAUAUGGUCACUAUAUAAUUUAUCCAUAAAGUCAAAGCCCUUGCAUUUAUUUAUUUAUUUAUUUAUUAUUUUUGCACAAGUUGCAUUUUCCUCCUUCGUGUUUUUUUUUUUUUGGUUGUGUUACCUUUCCUUGUCUGUCCUUCCAUACUUAAUUAUAGGAUUGGUGGCCCAACAGUAAUUUUAGUUUUGCUAUAUAUAUAUAUAUAUAUAUAUAUAUAUAUAUAUAUAUAUAUAUAUAUAUGAAUAAAUAUUUUCCAUUUUGAUUUCAUUAUGAUCACCAUUAUUUCAUUUUUAAUACUGAGACUUGCUUUAGAGCUGUUGGGUCUAUAAUCAUGUGGUGAAGGCUUGCACACGUUAUUGUGGUGAACUGGCACUGGCAGUUCACCUUUAUCACUGCCUUCUUCUUCAGACCAAUUUGUUUUAUUUUCUCAGCAUUAUUAUAAAGUUUUUGCAUCAUUUUGACUACAUGCAGCAUAUAAGAGAUUCUAGUCUCAGAUGGACCUAACUGCUAUCAGUGUUAUGCAGAAGUAUAUUUGCCUUAAUGCGAGCUAGGGCAUACAUGCUAGUAAGUGCCCUUCUCUUAGACGAGGUGGUGAGGAGGUUACAGGGGGCCGGGGUAACAUCACAGGCCUCAGCCCCAAUUUCCAUUCACUUCUAAUUAUAGUGAUCUUAAAAAUAAUUUUAAAAAGCCUUAUUUUUUGUGGUAAUCUUUAAAAGUCACACCAGCUGCCCCCAGAGUUCAUAAACUUUGAGAGAUUAUGGCAGCUGGUGGCAUUGUCCCUGUUUUUUUGUUUUGUUUUUUUUUCCCCCGCAAUAAAUGACAAUGACAAAUUUUGGAUUGAGAUGUUUGGAGAGCGAGAACAUGUAGCCUUAAAAGUGCCGAGUAUUCAAAGGAAAAGAAAAUAAUGACAUGAAAUGAUGAGAUUUGCUUCAUGGAACCUCUCUAGCUGCAGCUCAGUUUUCUUCUUUGGAGUUGCCACUCUGGUUUUAAUAAUAUGUAAUUUUUUUUUUUUUUGCAUGAAAAGUGACUUUUUAUUAUAUCUUUUAUGUGCAAUCAUGUUAUACAGUGAAUGUUGAAAUAAAUCAUGGAAAGAAUAAAUAAAAUGAGAAAGUAGUUGAAGUUUUGUUGGAGAAGAGCAAAGAACUUGCAUGUGAAAUUUGACGAAUGAGAGUGUGGAGACCGUUCAGUCGCUCGUUUGUUUAGCUGACUGCUAAGCUGUUCCAACGUCUCAUCACGUCCUUCUUAAUGGCUGUGAAGGUUUCUGCUUCAUGAUUUGGUAGUUCAUUGUAGGUCCUCACAACUCUUUGUGUCAAGAAAUGUAUCCAGGCUUCAGUCCUUCAGGGCAGAUAACUGUACACAAAUACUAAAUGUAUUAGGAGAAGAAAAGAGGAAUGGGCAGCACUUGGAACUGGGGUCACUUGUCACCGUGAUUUGACACCUCAGGCAGGGACCAUAGCAGCUCCGUUCUCCCUCCUAACUUAUGCUUGGCAUGAACUGAGUGAUUAGGUUUGUGCCCACCUAUGUCUCUUAAAUCAUUCAGUAUGGCGGGGAGGGCACAAUUACAGGAGGCCUUCCCAAUAAUGUGGUCUUUGAUGUUUUUUCUACUUCUUCGUGGACUUGAGUAGCUACACUUGUGUGUGCCCAUAAUGCUUUAUGGAUGUCACAAAUCGAAUGAAUUUGUCAUUGGAUUCAAAGGUUUGCCCCUUUUGGGUAAGAGACAAAAUGCUGUUAUGGACACCAAGGUCCUUAAGGAAAAGAGUAUCCCCCUGCCUUUAGUAUUUUAAAGAACGUAAUCCUCACAGGAUUUUUUUUGCCUUCCCGUGUGGAGGGUUUCCUUGCCCACUUGGCCCCAUGGUGGCCUUAUAAUCAGUUAUACAUAAAUGUUUUACUGUGACGGUGAUGGUGCUCAGUUUAACAUUUCCUUUAUAAUUAGGAUAACAAAGAGCUUCUAGACCUUGUAGAUUUGCAGCACACCUUACAGGACAGGUCAUGAGCAUCAGCAGUGCCAGGUGGGCACAGUUGUCUUCCUUCUCAUUACCACGGAACCUAUAGGUUUGGCCAGAUAGCUUCUUUGCAUUGCUAUAAUCUCAUCAGUAUGCCUCCAUGUCACAGACGUUCGUUUGUGUGUAGGCUGUACUGCUCCUUUGCAGCCUGCUGGCUAAGAAGCGAGUGAAUCACACAGGCAUGAAUCACCAUUCUGCUUUCGCUUACAUUUCUCUGACAUAACUGGUAAUACAGGAAACCCAUAUGAUAAAAUGUAAUUUAGGGAAGCAAAACAUUCUUUUCUUUUUUCCAUUUAAAUGAUUUGUUGGUGCUUGGCAUAUGAAAGUAUUUUCUAUUCUUUCAAUUGCCAGAUACUGUAAGCCUGUUACCAUUAUGAUUUUUACUGUUGUUUCUUCAGUGUUGAGCUCUGAAUUUUUAAAUGUGUAAUCUUGAUUGGUUUACAUAGAGGCGAGCGACUGUUAGAUUUCAGUAGGCCAAUAACAAAAAUUCCAAAGUCUGGACCUCAUAAACCUUAAAAUCAGAGCAUCUAAGUGCUCGUGGCACAGCUAUAAAUCAGUUUAGGUGAGAAAUGAGAAACCUUCGUGUCGCCAAUCCACACCGCCAUUAUGGAAGUGCGCACACACACGCACACGCACAUAUACUAGUCACUGUCCAUUAAUUAUCAGAAAUGAACGCUAAUCAUUGUUAAUCUGCUGUGCCAGUUCCGUCAUGUGUCGGUGCAGUCUGGCGCUGCCUUAACUAUAUGACAUCAACUUUGUACACUCCUUCGCGUUUCUCUCCAUGUGUUCCGUUAUUCCGUUAUUUAAAACUUUGGCUUCAUUUUGUUGUUUUUGAUUUUUUUAACGCUGCAUUGGUGCCAGUAGUGUGAUUGGUGUUACUAAUCUGCUCAUCUUUUUGGUUUCAGUUUUUUCUUUGACUUUUAACAGACCAGAUUCUACAUACACUGGUAGUUCGCUAAUUCAUAUCGUGCCCAAUGCAUUAGGUACAUCUGACCUCAUGUAGCACGAAAGGUUAUUAAGAGAUGUGGCUGUGAGGGCUCUAAUAUUGUGGUUGGCCAGACUGAGACAAAACUAAACGGAAGCAUGCCGACCUCAGGUGUGUCUUUUGGAUUGGUAAGUUAGUUCACAUACAGUGUGGACGGUACGCUGCAGUGUCAGGUUACUGUCACUGUAAUGUACCCCUCUUAAAGCCUAAGACCAAGGAUUUGAUAACAAAGGAAACUCCUAUGACCUGCUGGACUCCGCUAGCAGUGUGAUAAAAUAUUACAUUUGUCUUUUUACGGUGAUUUUUAACUAGGCAAUUCAACUGAUGGCAUCCAAUCUUGUUUUAUUAGUUAUUAUUUUCAGGACAUUUUUUUUCUGCCUUAAAUGAUCAAAGUGGAAUGUUGGGGUAGCAUCUGUUCCAGUAGAUUGGGAGUAGGUUUUUUUUUUUUUU